AUGGCAUCUUUUCACUUAGUGCCGAGAGACGGCGCUGAUUUUCGUGCUACACUUGUGUCGCUGCAACUCAAUUUCGAAUUUGCUGAUGAAAUCCUCGAGGCCCUGGUCAAGGCCAAGCUCAAGAACCUUGAGGAAUUCCGGUACUUCUUCGAGUCGGAAGCCGAGAUAGGGGUCUGGGUUCAGAGACUCAACUUGGGCGAUGUCCAGGGCGUGCAAACCGCACGUUUGAGGCGCACCUGGGCUGCAGUGAAGGUUUUCUUUCAGCAUGCUGACGCAGGGAGGACCAAAGUCGGCGAAUCAGACUUGGACGAUCUCUUGGAUGAUACAAGCCUGCGUGACAUGAAGCAGCAAUUCUGGCGCAGGUAUCGUACCAGAUUCCCCCCCGAGCUCUAUCCUUCGGAUGCAACACUCUCGCGAGUGACGCGAGAAUUAAACAAGCGCCUCCUGUGCGUUUUCUCCGUAUGGAAGGUCAAGAGCUUGCAGUUCCAGCUGGUUACUACCAGCAAGAAGAGACGCUUGGGGGACGGCCUGUUCACGGAGGAGACGGAGCAGGAGGAGUCAAUCCCGCACGAUUGGGAAAACUACCUCGACCGCCUCCACAUCCUCUUGACAGCCUACGCGUUGGCAGGGGUGGAUCAGGUGGCGGGAGCGCCCCAGGCCAAUCAGGAGCACACGCUUGGAGCGGACUCCACGAUCUUUGUCCAGGCGCCACUGGACGUCCUUAUGGAGUACUACUACCGCGCCAAGAGGUCGGUGGUUUCGCUACCAGCACACAAGCGGCUGGACUGGCUGCAGCAGAGAGACUCCGAGGAGAGGGCAGUCUGGGUGGCCAAGUUCCGCGAGUCCACCAAGACACUCGGCCAAGUCGUGCGUGAGGUGUUCAAUCUCAGAGACGCGCACUGGAUCGCCAUCCAAAGCGGAGGCCCAGGAGAAUCUAGCCACAAUCCCACACCGAAGAUGCUGGCCGCGGCAACUACCCAGCUACCGAGCCCGCCUAAACUUUCCUCGUUCCAGCUCGGCACCCCGGUAGCGGGCAAGAAGGUGGCCAGAGUCAUGAAGGAUGGCAAGCGUCUGUGCGUCGAGUUCCAGCAAGGACGUUGCAACAAAGGAGCCAAGUGUCCUGAUCGGCACAUGUGCGGGAUUGUCCUUCGAGGCGAGCGAGUCUGUGGUUCAACGAAGCAUGGGGCCAAGGACUGCAAGCAGAAAGAUCCGGAAUCGCCGCUGAUGGCAGACAUCUUUUCUGGUCCCAAUGCCCCGCUCACGAAAGCUUUCCUGUUCUGUGGAUGGCGCUGCCUGACGUUGGAUAUUCAACUGGACUCCUCGCAUGAUCUGGCACACCCCCUUCGGCAGCAGAGCCUCAGGGAGCAGCUCAAGGAGGCCGAUUUUGUGUCCGCGGCGUUCGACUGUUCCACCAAAAGCAGAGCGAGGGAGGUGCCGAGGGUGUUCAAUGAUGGGCGCCGGGGCCCAGGUCCCCUCCGCUCUACUCGACAACCCGAGGGACUGGACGGCCUGUCGCCGGCGGAUCAGCACCGCGUCAAGCGUGACAACAAUGCCUGUGGCUUUAUGCUGCAAGUCAUGCAAGAGGUGGCGGAGAGAGGAGCUGGGGCAAUGCGAGAGAAUCCGGUGAACAGCUUGCAUUGGCUACUUCAGCAAGAGGUGGCAGCUUUCCGCACAGGGCUCUGGGCGGAUACUCAUUAUGAUGCCUGUUGUUGGGGAGGAGCCCGAUGCAAGAGGCAGCGCCUUCGUCACAACAUCCCAGAGAUAUCCUCAUGGCCCCCCCUCCAAUGCCACCAUGUGCAUGCCAGUGACGAGUGGCAACCAUAUCUGCUGAAUGGACGAUACGUGUACCCCACCAAGGAGGAGGCGGAGUACACAGCGCCAUUUGUCUUUGCAGUUGCCGUUUCCGUGUCAUGGUGGGCCGUCCGGGUGGGCCGAGCGAAGCUGGCUGUGCCGCGCAUGCCGACGCCCUGUUGCGUGGGGCGGCGUGAGGAGUGGCCACUGAUGGAUCCGAGAUCUUUGCGGUCAUGGGCGCUGGCACCGCUUGCCAUCUCUUUGGGUUUGGGGCCAGCUAGUGCCGAAGAAGCAGCUCGGAUCCCACCGAGGAAAGUCGUGGAAGCAGUCAUUGGUGCCGAUGGGACCCUCCCACGUAACUGCAUUUACGUGGGGCCGGGCCAUCACCGACAUCGGCUGGCGCGCAGUAAAUGGGCACCUCCCUUCACGGCGGGUCACGAUUGCGCAUUCGACGAGUUCCUGCCGCGCUACGUUCAACACAUCAGGGACAACUUGAGCGACCACCUCACCGAGUUGAUAGGGAAAGUCCUGGUGGUCGAUGCCGUGGCAGAACACCCCUCGGAAGGGGAUGCUUUGGCGGGCCUUGUCUUUGAGCACUUGUCGACUGUGAGAUCCACGUCACAGCCGCAGCAGAGCACCAACCCCAGGGGCCGAGCAAGGAAGCGGAGCCAUCGCUUCCCUAGAGCGCUGGGGCUGGCCAUAGCUCCGCUGGCGGAUGCAUCUUCCAUCUUUUCCGACUUUAUGCGCCAGGAAGACGUGGUCCUCGCAGUCCGCAAGCUCUUUCCGGAAGCAUGGAUGACCGGGUUCACCUUUCCCUGCAUCGAGGACCUUAUUAAUGCCCCCCCGUUCGAUCUUUACAGGCGCUGGCUCCGAGUGUCGGAGCUUGACUGGGCUGGUGCUUGCGGCCCGGCCACUGGUCCCUCCACCGAGCACUCAGUCAACGGGCAGCCUUGCCGCCACUUCCAACAAGCGCUGGCGCGCAUCCGUACACCCAUGCCUACGGAACAGGCUCCCGUGCUGGACAAUGACCUCCAGUUUGCCGCUGACUUCACGGCUUCGCAGCGAACAAGAUUGCGGCAGUGGCGACAAGAUGCAAUGGGAGCCCUCAGGGAGCUGAAACGACGGUGCGCAGCUUUGGAUGCUCACCUUCGAGGGUUUCAGCAACCAGCACUUCGCCGUGUGACGGCGGCGCGAGACGUGGGUCUGGUAGCUAUCCUGGUGGUGCUCUUCGCAUGGCCAGAUACCGCUCUCCCCUUCUCCCUCAUAGCAGGUAUGCCGGCAGUGGGUUUCGCGCCAUGCUAUGGCAUCUUCCCGCAAAUGCCAGCAGACCAUAUCUCCUACGAGGACGUGCUGGGCGACUGGCGGGCGCACAAUGCAAAAAUUCUGCAGUCAAUUGGACCUUCCAGGGACGACGAUUUCCUCUUGUCCCAGUCAACCAAAGAUUUUGAGUCUGGCUUUUGCUCCCCUCCACUGACAAAGCAGGCCCUUUUGGCACAGCUCAAAGGGAAGCCCUUUCGACUCGUACCAAGAUGCGUCAUCACGCAGUCUUCCGGGAAGAAGCGUAUCAUUGACAAUGCAGACACGGGAGGCCAGUCGGCCUCGUCUCGGGAAUCCAACAAGCUUGUGCUCUGCAGCGCGCUGCGACCAGCGCAGCAUGCCCAGGCCGUCAUUGCCAGGCUGCCCCAGGGUGAGCUGGAGCGGGCUAGGGAGAGUGACUCCCUUGAGUCCGGAGGCGAAGACUGGCCGGAUGCUUACAGACAUUGCCCUAUGUCAGAAGAGGAGGCGUUGUGCUGCCUGGUGGUGUGGUGGCACCGAGAAUGGCAGGCCCCGGCAUUCCAGAUCUACUCCGGCCUCCUUUUCGGCCUGCCUCUUGCAGUCACGUCAUUCAAUCGGUACAGCAGAUUCAGUGAAGCUGCGUCACGUAGAGUGGCGCUCACAGUGACCUCUUCCUACUUUGAUGACUUCAAUAUGGUGGAUUGGUCCUCCUCCAAAGGAAGCGGACAAUGGGCAGUCGGAGAGCUCAACAAGUGUCUGGGAACGCCGUUUGCCGAAGAGAAGAGGCAACCCAUGGCAGUUCAAGGAUCCUUCUUGGGCUUGGACCACGACCUUUCCGAAGCCUUGCAGAGGGGGUUCGUCACCUUUUGGGCGAGAGAACGCCUGUUCACCAAAAUGUCCGACCUCAUCGAGCAAUCCGAGACUGCGUCUUCGCUCAAGGCCGGGCUUGCUGCGAAGAUGUUUGGCCUGAUGAACUUCUUGGAGCAGGGCAUGUAUGGACGAGUCGGAUGCGGUGGCCUCGCUGCUCUGUGUGACAGGCAGCGCAGCAAAGAAUCCGACCUCUCGCCGGACAUCCUCCAGACGUUUCAGCUUAUUCGCGCACUCCUAAAAUUUCGUCCUGAGAGGCGCUUUUGGGUGUCCAACCCACCAGUGCAACGCUUCAUAGCUGCGAGUGACGCAGCAGAGGAGAAGCCUCAAGCCGGAACCGGAGGUUUCCUCUUGAUUUGGCAGCAAGGUGCGAGCCAGGUCCGAGAGGGUUUUGUCGCGGCAUGUCCGGAGGAGCUUUAUGCCCUUUGGGGACCGGGCGACAAGAAAAUUGCACAGCUGGAGCUCAGCAUGGUGCUUUUCGCUCUGGUGGCUCGGCCUGCAAGAUUUCGCAUGAGGCGCGGAAUCUGGUACAUCGACAACGCUGCGGCAUUGAUGGCCCUCAUCCGUGGGAGGUCCGACAACUCUGAUUUGUCCCGCCUGGCGCAGUUGAUACAUUUGUGUCUCUUUGUCUUCCAAACCUGGAUAUAUUGGGAAUGGGUGCCGUCCAAAUCCAAUUGGAGCGACGCCAUUAGCAGGCUGGGAGUCGACGACGAAUGGCAUCAGUCGCACUCCUUCUCCACUAGUUUAGCUUUCUUCCCAUUUCAGCUCUGGGCGUUACCGCUGGAAGCAGCUAUCCGGGUGUUCGAGUACUUGUAG